GGAACCUCGGUGUUUUAAUCUCUUUAAGAAGAAGAUGAAAUGCUUCUUAUUCCUUCUUGGGGACAAGAAAGAUGAACAGAGAAGCCCUAAACCGGUUUCACCAACGUCUAACUUCAGUGAUGUAAACAAAAGCGGUUCAGAUUUUAGUCCCCGGGAUGUUUCUGGAACGAGCACAGUAUCAUCCACUGGUAGGAACUCCAACACUAGCAUGUCAGCUAGAGAAAACAACCUUAGAGAGUUCACUAUUGGUGAUCUUAAAUCUGCCACAAGGAACUUCAGCAGGUCUGGUAUGAUUGGGGAAGGCGGUUUUGGUUGUGUCUUCUGGGGAACGAUCAAGAACUUAGAAGACCCGUCCAAGAAAAUCGAAGUCGCGGUUAAACAGCUCGGCAAAAGAGGGUUGCAGGGUCAUAAAGAAUGGGUGACUGAAGUAAACUUUCUCGGUGUAGUCGAGCAUUCAAACUUGGUGAAAUUGUUGGGACAUUGUGCAGAAGACGAUGAACGUGGAAUCCAAAGGCUUUUGGUUUAUGAAUAUAUGCCAAACCAAAGCGUCGAGUUCCAUUUAUCCCCGCGGUCACCGACAGUACUUACUUGGGACCUCAGAUUGAGAAUAGCACAAGACGCAGCUCGGGGUUUAACAUACCUUCAUGAAGAAAUGGACUUUCAGAUAAUAUUCCGUGAUUUCAAGUCAUCCAACAUUCUACUAGACGAGAAUUGGAAAGCGAAGCUUUCAGAUUUCGGUUUGGCACGCUUAGGUCCUUCACCAGGAUCAAGUCAUGUUUCUACUGAUGUAGUAGGAACAAUGGGUUACGCAGCUCCAGAAUACAUCCAAACCGGUCGUCUCACAUCGAAAAGCGAUGUGUGGGGAUACGGAGUUUUCAUCUAUGAGCUCAUUACAGGAAGGAGGCCACUAGACCGUAACAAGCCUAAAGGAGAGCAGAAGCUUUUAGAAUGGGUGAGACCUUACUUAUCCGACACAAGGAGGUUCCGUCUCAUAGUAGACCCGAGGCUCGAGGGGAAGUACAUGGUCAAGCCAGUGCAGAAACUCGCGGUUGUGGCCAACCUCUGCCUUACCAGGAACGCAAAGGCGCGUCCAAAGAUGAGCGAGGUAUUAGAGAUGGUGACAAAGAUUGUGGAAGCUUCAUCGCCUGGGAAUGGUGGCAAGAAACCACAGCUGGUUCCGCUAAAGAGUCAAGAAGCUUCUAGAGACGAGGAAGGGAAGAAUAAGAAGGUUCUUGAUGGUGGCGAAGGAGGUUGGUUAGAGAAAUUGUGGAACCCAAAGAAUGUGAGAGCUUGUUGAUUCGGGCUACGUCAUUAGUGAAUUUCAAGCCUUUGUUUAAAUACUGUAAUUUAACAAACUUGUGAGUUUUCUUCUUACAUUCCAUUUUUUAUUUUUUACUAGUGUUUUGUUAAUUUUAUUUUUGGUGUGAUGUUCCAUAUUCCUUAUUAAACGAUCUAUUUGACA